AUGUUGCCAAUAUGGGCAAAAGCAUUCUCGGAUGACUGCGAUGAGGACACGAUAUUGUAUUCGAUUCAGGAAAGAUUUUCUGGAUCAAAUUCUACGAAUAGUGAUAAUACUGGAUACAAAGUUGUCACAAAAAUCCAAAAAUUGACUAAUUUCCUUGAGUGUGGAAUAAUUAAAGGAGCUAUUUGCAUUUUAACUAGUACUGGAACGAUACUUGGAGCAAUUGAGCAAAUCAGUAAAGAAGCGGAACGUUCCAUUAAUGAAACGAUAACCUUUAUUGACAUCCGUUCUAUGCACCUUACAUUCGAUGACAGUUUCUCGUAUGCGAACAAAAAUGCCAAACUCGCUCGUCUGACCUUAAAAGAGGUAAAAGUCGCACGACCCUGGCAGGACUCGAACCUGCAACCUUCGGAUCCGAAGUCCGACGCCUUAUCCAUUGGGCCACAGGGCCCACGCAGCCGUUCUUUUCUUUUUUCUUCAGAUGACAAUACUGAUGAGUCACGUUGGGAUGAUGAGGGAGAAGCACGAGAAGUGUCAUUUGAUGAGGGAAACAUCUCAGAUUCGACGACGGAACGAUGGAAGGAGCGAAGAAUGAAAGUUGUCGAUGAGUCGAAUUGUUGA